CGAGAGAUAAGAUAUCAAACUGCACUAGAGUAUGGGUGACAUUUUAUAUAAAAUGAAUGCGUUUUUUGAUAGGGCUAGGUUUAUCAGUCCUCCAUACGUAGACAAAUAUGAGACCUAAACUCAUCUUACAGGCCUCGGAAUGCAUUGAUUUUUAACUCAGGUUUGUGUCCUGAUGAUUAAUGCCUCAGUGCCUGCACAAGAGAUAUAAUACUCAGCUUUCUGCUUUUGCCAGAACUACUACUGACAUUUUCAGUGAGUGACAAAAUGACUAGUCAGGCAGUUGUCGGGAUUGUCAUGAUUUCUGAUCGUCGUCAAAGUUCUCUCAUGUCACUUAACAUUUUCAUCAUCAUUAUCAUUAAAUUUUAUUUAUUUUUUUGGUCUGAUUGUUGGUGUUUCUUGAGCCUGGAGGUAAAUGUACACUCACCUGAGUGGGUGGGGGUCAAAGGGCACGGGUGGGGGUCAAAGGGCACGGGCCUUGCUUUGUUUUUUCCCAGUCCAGUGCAUUUCUCAUUUCCUCUGCUGCACGGCUGUGGUCAGGACUGAAAUGUAGAAGGCGAGAUGAUUUGAGUGGUCCACCGACGCUUCAUGUGGAAACACUGUGUCUCCACUGUGGGUGUGUGUGUGUGUGUGUUUGCUUAUAAAUCCGUACAAAUGCCUAAUGAGUCAUUAACACUUAUGUACUUUUAUCUCCCCGUCGAUCUCUCUCUCUUUAUCCUCCCAUCCCUCCCCCAUCUCCCUUUGACUCUAACAAAGCGGGUAAGUUGUGAGGAUGUCUAAUACCUGGUCUCCUGGAUUAUGGUUGUUGUCUCUCAGCCUUGUCCUCCAUCUCUCCUGCCUGUUCACCAUUCUGUCCUUCUUCUGAAACACCAGUGCCAACGCUGACGUCUCUUAUCUCUGUAUCUUUUACUUUCCCCUCCAUGGCUGUUAACACUGUUGCUUUCUUUGUUUCCAUGAGAUAAUUGUCAUCUGUCGUCAUUUCUUACCCUCCCCUUCUUACAGUUCAAUGGCAGCUGCAUCCAUGCCUGGACAGAGAAUGUGCCACCCGUUAAAACUGCGGUCCAGUUUUUCCACACCUGGAAUGUUUUCCUCUCCUCUUUAUAUGUGUCUCUUUUCUCUUUGUGUGAAGUAACCAGCUGCAGUCUCUGGUUAUGGGAAUGUUGGAUGUGAUCUUUGGUCAUAACUGUCUCCUUACUUCCCCUUCUCCCCCCCCAGCUAUGUUCAGUGGAUGUAUUUCUCCAUGCAUUUGAACUUGACCUGAACAUAACACAUGAGCUGUAUAUACAUAUUUAUAUAUAUAUCUUGCCCAUGUACUGCAUCAAAGGGACAGUGAAUGUACUUGGUGGUUGUUUGGAUGAACACAUUUCUUUUGUCACCUGUAGGCCUGUGUUUGCUCUGUACUGAAGUGCUCUUUCACUGCACCUGUGGGGUUGUCAUUUUCCGUGUGGUCUAGGUUUCAAUUUGGCAGAUGAAUAUUGCGGUUCAACUUUCUAAACUGGUUAUAAUUAUUAGCAAAAAAAAGGCAUUUUUGACAAAAAAAAAUUUGCUGUUAGCAAGCAAGAAAUAUGACGACAGUGUGCUCUGUUACGGGUUCAAAUACCUGUAAUUUCUAGCUUACCUACUAUAAUAACCUUCGCAAAUGGCUGAAGCCUUUCUGCCAGCACAUUGGGUAUUAUUUGUAUUUAAGAGUUUAAAGGAUAUACCCCAUCAUAAGCAUACUAUCAGCACCUCUGUGGGCAUGUUAGAGGCCAGCCAGAUGCUUGGGGGUCAACAAGGUAAGCUAACUAGUUUUAUUUGGCAGACAAAGUGUCACUGUGGAGUUGCUCACUGACCAAUAAUGCCUCUGUGCCUGUGCACUAAGGAGGAAUGUGACUGCUCACUCAUGUAGGGACGCAAAGCAUGUCAAAAGUCGACGGUUUUAGUGCCAGGAGGACUUCUGAUAGGACGACACGUGAUUCUCUAGAUCUCUGAAUAUCUUCAGGGAUCUAGCUGCUCACGUCAGUUUGGUUUUCCUUUUUGUUAAAGUGACAGCCCUACUAGACUGAGAAUGUUCUACAUAUAUCACACUCUGACUAAAUGCAUUCUCUCCAUUCCUCAAGAUCUUUGACAACAUACUCAAGGACUGGGUUGUUGAUUCAGAGGUUGUUUUGUCAUGAAAUGUGUUCACAAUAUAGAAGGAGAAGUCAUUUUGUGUGUUUGUUUGUUUGUUUGUUUGUUUGUGUGCUGGCUCGUACAAAUGAAUUUUGACGCUUGUCGGCUCCUCAGGCUUUUUUAGGGUAGCUGUUUUUACAUUUACGACUCGUGCUGAGGUGUGGGAGGACUGGGCGCUCUAACACUAAUGUGACUGAAUAAAAAACCAAGAACGGUUGCCGCUUCUCUAAGAUAAGGUGUAAUUUGAAUCAGCGCUGAGUAGGACGACACCUGCGAAACAAAAUUGUCAUGAGCUGCGUUACGGUUACGCUUCAGCAGCUGCUGAACAACAACGUGGAGCAAAGCCCAGAAGAUGUGAGAAAAGUUUGGAAGAAAAUGCUUUGCUUCAUAAUUUAGAAACUGCAUCAGCUAAAGCAAAACGGAGAAAAAGCUUAGUCUCAGCAGUACCAGUCCUAAGUAGCUACUAAUGUCCAGGUCCUGUACUUGUACCUGCAGUCUGCUGUCUCUGCAUAACAAGUCAAAGGUUUCAACAAACACAAACCUGAUGGAAAUACAUCUGCUCCCCCUGUAGGUGGCUUGUGGGACUAUUAUGAGAAUUAUUUAGGAAAGUGAUUAUUGAAAUGGGUCCAAAAAAGAUAACUUAAAAAACUUAAAACACUUUUAAAUUAGCCUGUACAAUACUUAAUCAGAUAUGGAAAAAGCUAAAAUAUUAUGUAUAAAAGUCCAGAAGUAGCUAAUAGUUUACUUUGUUGACUCUGGAAGAAGGCACACUGGAGUGUGUGGCGUUGGUUCAUUAAAAGUGUUUUUAUGACGCUGUACCAGUUCAUCGAUUUACCUCUUGGUCCUCUGUGUCCUCCUCCUCAGACACGAGUUAUUGGAGGAGGCCAGGAGAAAAGGUUUACCUUUCGCUCAAUGGGACGGCCCCACAGUUGUAGCCUGGCUGGAGCUAUGGUUGGGGAUGCCGGCGUGGUACGUGGCGGCUUGUCGGGCCAACGUGAAGAGCGGCGCCAUCAUGUCUGCACUCUCCGACACUGAGAUCCAGAGGGAGAUCGGCAUCAGCAACCCCCUGCACCGGCUCAAACUCCGUCUGGCCAUCCAAGAAAUGGUGUCUCUCACCAGCCCUUCAGCACCACCCACCUCCAGAACACCGUCAGGCAAUGUGUGGGUGACCCACGAGGAGAUGGAGACCCUGGCGGCUCCCUCCAAAACGAAGUCAGACUCUGAAGAAGGCAGCUGGGCUCAGACUCUGGCGUACGGGGACAUGAACCAUGAGUGGAUAGGAAACGAGUGGCUGCCGAGUUUAGGUCUACCUCAGUACCGCAGCUACUUCAUGGAGUGUCUGGUGGACGCUCGAAUGCUGGACCAUCUCACAAAAAAGGACCUGAGGGUUCACCUCAAAAUGGUCGACAGCUUUCACAGAACAAGUUUACAGUACGGCAUCAUGGGCCUAAAGAAGCUCAACUACGACAGGAAGGAACUGGAGAGACGCCGAGAGCACAGUCAGCAUGAGAUGAGGGAUGUGUUAGUGUGGAGUAACGAGCGGGUGAUCCGUUGGGUGCAGAGCAUUGGUCUGAGGGACUACGCCAACAUUCUCCUGGAGAGCGGUGUUCAUGGAGCCCUGGUGGCUCUGGAUGAUAACUUUGAUUACAGCAGUUUGGCUUUGCUCCUCCAGAUCCCCACACAAAACACUCAGGCACGUCAGAUUCUGGAGAGGGAGUACAACAACCUGCUGGCCCUGGGCACCGACAGGAGGCUGGACGAGUGUGACGACAAAGAUUUCCGAGGUCCUUCCUGGAGGAGACAGUUCCCUCCGAGAGACGUCCAUGGUAUCAGUAUGAUGCCAGGAUCGGCAGAGACGCUCCCCGCUGGAUUCCGCCUCACUACGACGUCUGGUCAUUCCCGAAGGCUGCCCCCCGAAGUCCUCCAUGAGGCCAUGGACGACAGUCCUGACGACAUGUAUUAUUUGGACUGGUUUCAAGUCGGGCCCUCGGCGGUGCAGCGUCUGGACAGUUCCUCGGUGAGAACCUACUCCUGCUGAGAGGUGGAGGAGAGAGAGCUUUAACUGUGCAGUUCUGAGCAACGAUCAAGUCGUCUGGCCGCACUGACAACCGAAGAACAAAUACUGUAACGAUUGACCACACGCACUGCCAAGAAAAAGCCCCGCCCUCCUCCUUUAAGCCCGCUCCCUUCUAUGUCGCGUAGGCACCAACAGAUGGUGCUAAAACACUCUAUAAAACUAUUGAAGUAAAUUUCUAAACUUUUACUUGUACAAGCUUCACGUACUGUGUAUUUCUUCUACAGGAGAUAUGUAGGUUAUCUGUAAAAUAUUAUAAAUACAUAAUUUUUUUUAUUUAUAUAAAUAUAUAAAAAAAUUAUAUAUACACACACACACGUAUGUAUAUGUAUAAAAGGCUAAUCAGAGUUUGUGGGAUUAAAAUAACUCAUUUAGUGGACCAUAGAUGAAUAUAUGCUGCUGUUCAAACUACAUGUCUCCAUGGUAGAAUACUUUGUUUAUAUGCUUUUAUUUUUUCAUUGUGCUGAUGAUGAAACUGAAAACUGUGCUGAAAGGAAUUAUGCCCUCUACUGAUCAUUUCUGGCAACCCAUAAAUAUUACAAUAAAAAACCUAAAAAAACUUUUGUUACAGUUACGUUGACACACUGGAAACAACUAAGCACUUUGAUACAAACAACAUCAACACAACGGCAGACUUUUUGUGUAGCCACGGACAUUAACGAUGUAAAAGAAAAAAACCUCUGGAAAUCCCACAAAGACCUCAUCCUGAAGAAAAGAAGAGAUUGAAAAACAAUCGCAGGGAUGAGCCGUCGACACUGGAACAAUAGGUUUUAAUGAUCAGACCAUACAUCACUGGAAGGUUCGCAGCAGUGUUUUGGAUACAAUAACAAAAACUAAGACUGCUUUAGUCCAUUGUGUGCAUAGAGUGUAUAUCACCAUGUUGAAGUGAGGUGACUUGAAAAACUUGACAAAAAAACAAACAAACAAAAAAAAAAA